UCCUCGUGCCUGAACUUGGAAGUGGACUUGGACAUCUGCAAGUCAUCUUCAGGCCAGUGGAGGGCACAAUGACUCUACAGUUGUUAUCAAGCUCGACUCAUUUAGGAGGGUGGGGGUUAACAAACUAUUGCGCAUGUACACUAAACUCUGACCACCAUCCACUGGGAUAAUCUUCUUCUUUGGAGAAAGCGUGGCGUGCCUGCCUGCCUAUGCAUUGGAUUUGAUUACGGUUGUGUUUCGGUCCCCGCGGUAUGGACUCUCAAAAAGAGGCCCUGCAAAGGAUAAUAACCACGUUGGCCAAUAAAAAUGAGGACGUCCAUAACUUCAUGGAAACACUUAGUCACUCUCUGGCCGGUGUCCAGGUGAACUCCACACAGGUGGUGUCCGACCUGGAGGAGGAGUUUGACAGGUUAUUCACCAUCCUGGUUGAGAUGAAGGAGAGCAUGAUCAACACCAUCAAACAGGAAGGGGCCAAGAAGACACAGGAAAUACAGAAUCAACUGACCCAGAGCAGCGACGCCUUGGAGAGUGCCGAGGAGCUCCUGGAGUUCGCCAACAAUGCUCUGGAUGUUCAAGACGAGGACGAGUUCACUAAGGCUGCCAAGCAGAUCAAAGAUAGGGUAACCAUGGCCUCAGCCUUCAGACUGACCAUGAAGCCCAAGGUCACAGACAACAUGAACCAUCUGAUGGUGGACUUUACCCAGGAGAGACAACUUCUCCAGAACCUCAAGUUCCUGCCUGAGCAACAGAGCAUCAGCUGCCACAACAGUCAUCCAACGAUUCCCCAGAGACUUUCUCUUCGUGGUCGAAUGUAGAGCAGAUCUGUCCGGACUGUUUUGUAGAUGUUCUAGAGGAUUCUAGGACAGCACCAAGCCUCGUCUUCAUAGGGUUAUGAUGACUGGCCCUCCGAUUGGAAUAUUAGGGAUUUCUGUGUUGCUCAGAUCCAGGAUCAUCUGACGAUG